GGUGGCCUCCCAGUUUCCCGGAUGUAAUCGGACGGCGGUAGUGUUGGGAGCAGUGGCUGAGGGAGGGGGGGAGGCGGCGGCAGCAGCGGCGGCGGGCGAGCGAAGGCGGACCGCGGGGGCGGCGGGGACGUCGUCGUCUUCCGCGCUCCUCUUGUGUGCGUGAUCUGCGGCGCCGCCUCUCCUCGCGGGUGUGGAGAGAGGAGAUGGGCCCGUGAGCGCCGCUUCCUCUCACAGCCGAGCUGCCCGAGCCGCCCCUCCUCCCUCCCUUCCCCUCCUCUUCCCCGUUCCCGGUCGGAGCGCUGCUUCCCCUUCCCCCCUCGGCGGCGCCCGUGGCCCGGCCGCGCCCUCCUGAUCCCCUCAGUCUCUCUCACACAGGCCGGGCAUUGAUGGUAAUGUAUGCGAGGAAACAGCAAAGACUCAAUGAUGGCUGUCACGACCGCAAGGGGGACUCGCAGCCCUACCAGGCUCUUAAGUACACAUCAAAGAGUCACCCCAGUGGUGGUGAUCAUCGGCAUGACAAGAUGCGAGACGCCACAGACCCUUCACCGCCAAACAAAAUGUUGCGGCGAUCCGAUAGUCCUGAAAACAAAUACAGUGACAAUAGUGGACACAAUAAAGCUAAAACCAUUCAUACUCAUAGAGUUAGAGAGAGGGAUGGUGGGACCAGUUAUUCUCCACAAGAAAACUCUCAUAACCACAGUGCUCUUCAUAGCUCAAAUUCACAUUCUUCUAAUCCUAGCAAUAAUCCAAGCAAAACAUCUGAUGCAUCUUAUGAUUCUGCAGAUGACUGGUCUGAGCACAUUAGUUCUUCUGGCAAAAAAUAUUACUACAACUGCCGAACAGAAGUUUCACAGUGGGAAAAACCAAAAGAAUGGCUUGAAAGAGAGCAGAGACAAAAAGAAGCAAGCAAAAUGUCUGUCAACAGUUUCCCAAAAGAUAGAGAUUACAGAAGAGAGGUGAUGCAAGCGACUGCUGCUAGUGGAUUUGCUAGUGGAAUGGAAGAGAAGCAUUCCAGUGACGCCGCUAACAUGCUUCCACAGAAUAUUUUGUCUCAGACAAGUAGACACAAUGAUAGAGACUACAGACUGCCAAGGACAGAAACUCACAGUAGUUCUACCCCAGUACAACAUCCAAUCAAAACAGUGGUUCAUCCUUCUACUACUCCAAGUUCAGUUCCUCCUAGUCCAUUUUCUCUACAGUCAGAUCAUCAGCCAAAGAAAUCAUUUGAUGCAAACGGGGCAUCUUCUUUAUCAAAACUGCCUACACCCACUUCUUCCAUCCCUUCACAAAAAACAGAGAGAAAAAGCUUGUCAGAAUCUUCGGACAAGUCUCUAUCCCACACCUGUACAACUCCUUCUACAUCAUCUGCUUCUGGAUUAAAUCUACCUUCUGCACCAACUUCAUCUGCUUCUACUGUCCCUGUUUCACCUGUUUCGCAAUCACCAAUUCCUCCAUUACUUCAGGAUCCCAAUCUCCUUCGACAGUUACUGCCUGCUCUUCAAGCCACCUUGCAGCUUAAUAAUUCUAGCGUAGAUAUAUCCAAAAUAAAUGAAGUUCUUACAGCUGCUGUGACACAAGCUUCUCUGCAGUCAAUUCUUCAUAAAAUUCUCACUGCCGGACCAUCUUUUAAUAUAAGUUCCUUGAUUACUCAAGCAACACAGCUUUCUACACAAGCUCAGACGUCUAAUCAGUCCCCAAUGUCUUUAACAUCUGAUGCUUCAUCACCAAGAUCAUAUGUAUCACCAAGAAUAAGCACGCCUCAGACUAACGCAGUUCCUUUGAAACCUUUGAUUAAUACACCUCCUGUAUCAUCACAGCCAAAGGUUACUACUUCAGGUAUUAAGCAAGGACCAGUUUUACAGUCAACGUCUCAGCAGCCUGCGAUUGCUGACAAACCACAAGGUCAUGAACCUGCUUCUCCUCGAAGUCUUCAGCGUUCAAGUAGUCCAUCUCCUGGUCCAAAUCAUACCUCCAAUACAAGUGCUUCAAACACAGCAGCACCACAGAAUGCAUCUGGACGGCCUACGUGUUCAUUAACUCCUACACUAGCAGGCCAUUUCAAUGAAAAUCUUAUAAAGCAUGUCCAAGGAUGGCCUGCAGAUCACGCAGAAAAGCAGGCAUCAAGAUUGCGUGAAGAAGCUCAUAAUACAGGAAGUGUCCAUAUGUCUGAAACUUGUACUGAAUUAAAAAACUUAAGAUCUUUAGUUCGAGUAUGUGAAAUUCAAGCAACUUUGCGUGAGCAAAGGAUACUCUUUUUGAGACAACAAAUUAAAGAACUUGAAAAACUAAAGAAUCAGAAUUCCUUCAUGGUGUGAAAUAUUGAAUAAUUGCACAUGGGGUUUAAGUACAAGACUGUAAAACUAGUUGCCCAGUCUUAACUUUUUGAGUAGACUUUGGACUUUUGAGUUGGGCAAUACAAAAUAACAUGGGAAAGGGGAAAGGAAGGAAGUCAUUCGGGGGAAAAAUACAAGAAUAAUUUGUAAAACCCUUGAAAUGUAGAUUUCUUGUAGAUGUAUUCUUCACGUUGUAAAUAUGUUUUGUAGAGUGAAGCCAUGGGAAGCCAUGUGUAUCAGAGCUUAGACAUCCAAAACUAAUCAAUGCUGAGAUGGCUAAAUACCUAGCCUUUUACAUGUAAACCUGUCUGCAAAAUUAGCUCUCUCUCUCUUUUUUUUUUUGGUUAAUUUAUCAUUCAGAAAAUCUUGCAUUUCCUGAAAUACAAUGCAAGCGCCAGGUGAUCUGUGUCUCAAAGCUGCAACAGUUUGAAACAGUUAGGGUAAUGUACAAAAUAUCAUGAUACAACUGUUUCCACACUUGCACCUAAUCAACAGCAGUGCUUUUCCAUUUCUGUUUUACAGAGCAUUUUGUGUUCAUUUUUCUUUUAAAUUCCUAGAUCUGAUUUUAUUGGUUUUUUUAAAAAAAAAUUCUUCUAAUUUUUUCCUUUCAUAAGGCACUGUUGCUAUGGCACUUUUCUAUAAUCUUUUCAUUCCUGUGUACAGUAGCUUAAAAUUGCAGUGAUUGAGCAUAACCCACUUGUUUGUAUAAAUUAUUGAAAUGUAUUUCCAUUUGCACCCUGAAAGAAUGGACUGAUACUGGGCAUAUGUGUUUGAAAGUACAUCCCUUUCUCAGAUUAUAAGGAAAUAGCCCAAUGAACAUGUCAACAUGGUUGUGGGAGGGAAAGAAGGAAAAAGCUAGUCAGAUGUGAAUUGUAUCUGUUGUAAUAAACAUGUUUUCAAACAAACAAACAAACAAAAAACCACUGGUUCUCUUUUCCUUUGUCGAUAACAUUAAAAUUUAGACUGUUUGGGGAUUCUUCAUCAAAGCUAUUCUUGUUGAAUACUUUUUUACUUAAUUAAAAAUAAGUCCUCAUGGGAAGUUUUGUUUUAAAAAAAUUGUAAUUGUGUAUAAAAUAUUUAAUGACAUUCAACAAGGAUCAGUGACACCUCCCAACAGUUGUCAUAUGUUAACUCCUGGUUUUUAUCUGUCUUGCUAUUAUGACUUUUCAUUUGAAAGGAUGUUUGUGUUGUAGCUAACUGUUCAAGUCUGGUGCUGACUGCUGUUCUUAGCCAUCACAAAACGCUGACUUUGUGUAAUUGAAGUGUCUCACUGUUUGAAAAUGGUGGGAAAGCUCAGCUUUGUAUAUUGUUUCCUAAAGUAUAUUAAAAAAUAAAAAAGAAACUAUUGCUACUACAAAAUAAAUUUGGGGUUUUUUUCCAACAUAUAACUGUUGUUGAAGUCUUCAUACAUUCCUAAAGUCUGUUUAGAAAUUUAGGUCAUGCGGAAAAAUGGCCCACUUGCAAACCAGUUGUGCCACUACUGAUGUAUUGACUUAAAUUCAUUCAAAGAUGCAACUGCCUCAAAAACAGAAUCCUGCUUAUUUAUGUGUGCCUCCUCAUUUGCUUGUAAAUCUGUUCUUACCUUUUUGUCUUCUUGAUAACACACUGUAAAAUGAAAACACUCUAUAAAAUGAUUUCUCUUGAUAGAGACCUCAAAGAAGAUGUAAUAUUUCCAAAAGUUUUAAA